CCAUCGCAUAAGAUGAAGGGGAACAGGUUGAUCGCAUCAUCGCAUGUUCGUCGUGACACGUGCGUUUGGAAAUACGUACGGAAAUAAAGCUAACGCAUGUAAGCGCUAUGUUAAAUACAUUGGCACAGCGUACGAUAAAUCUCCUUUGUCGCGAUAUUAUUACCGUGAGAAAAUACGGGCUAACGAGAAGAAUACACGAGAGAGUCUGGAGGAAGACCAGGAUGGAUGACCAGCCACCGUCGAGGGUCGAUCCUGUAGUCAUGAAGCUGGACAGCCCGUAUUUUCGCUCCAUCUUCACCCCGGAAUUAGAGAAACUUGCAAGCCUGUUCAAGAAACAUAAUUACGAGCUGAGGAUCGCCGGCGGCGCGGUGCGCGACAUCCUGAUGGACAAGCAGCCUAAGGAUCUGGACUUCGCGACUGACGCCACGCCACAGCAGAUGAAGGACAUGUUCACGAACGAGGAGAUCAGGAUGAUAAACGAGAAGGGUGAAAGGCAUGGAACGAUCACGGCGAGGAUAAACGAUAUGGAAAACUUUGAGAUCACCACUCUGAGAAUCGACGUUCUGACCGAUGGACGCCAUGCACAGGUGGAAUUCACAAAGGACUGGAAGUUGGACGCUAACAGAAGGGAUCUGACCAUCAAUUCCAUGUUCCUCGACCUCGACGGCAGGGUGUAUGAUUAUUUCUAUGGUUACGACGACUUAAAGAAGAAGAAGAUAGUUUUUGUAGGCGAAGCUAGUGUUAGGAUUCAAGAAGAUUAUCUUAGAAUCUUAAGGUACUUUCGUUUCUAUGGAAGAAUAAUGGACAUCCCAAAUCAGCAUGACGAGGCUACGAUAACGGCGUUAAAAGAAAACAUUGGCGGUCUGAAACAGAUAUCCGGCGAGAGGAUUUGGAGCGAAUGGAACAAGAUUCUAAGCGGCACUUUUGCCCUGGAAUUGACCCUAAAGUUACUCGAGUGCGGUAGCAGCAGAUACAUCGGUCUACCCGAAGAACCCGACGUAGAGAACUUUCGAAAAGUUUAUGAGCGCGCGCAAUCAAAUAAAGUGACUUUGAAGCCUAUAUCCUUGAUCGUGUCGAUGCUGAAGGAUGAAUACGAGGUGAUAAAAUUACACGAGAGAUUGAAACUGUCUAAUUCCGACAGAGAUUUGGCGAUCUUCCUGGUCCAACAUAGGAAAUGCAAACCCUGCGAGAAACCGUUGAAGCCUUAUCAGCAGCUGGUCCUUCUUCAACAAAUAAAGAGAUAUGACAUCCUCAAAGAGGAUGUGAAGGAGUUAUUGAGAUACUGUGGUGCAAUGCAGCUUUUGGACGAAUUCGAACAAUGGGUAAUUCCGAAAUUUCCUGUCAAUGGCAGCAUGUUGAUGAAACAUGUGCCGGUUAAAAAGAUGAUAGGCAGCAUCCUAAUUGAACUGAAAAGGAUAUGGAUCGAUGCGGACUUUAAACUAACCGACGACCAGCUUAUAAAGCAUGUACCAAGUAUAGUCAGUGAAUUAGAAGAAGAAUACAAAACAUUAGAUAAAGAGAAGAACAAGAAGUUUAAAAAACUGAAAUAAAUAUUUUCGAAAUAUUUUGAAAUAGUUUUGUUACCUGCA